GUGCUCAAGAACGUGGGUGUGGGUAGUUGUAGCUUUCAGGACUUUGAGUCGUACUUUUACACUUUUCGUUUGAUCUUGACACAAAUUUGAAAAUGCAUCCACCAUUAGCAGAACACAAACAUGAAGGCUGCCUUCAUGCGAUCCAAGCACUAGACGAAUGCCAUCGGGCUGGACUUUUGAACCGUUUUUCGGGAGCAUGUAAUAGUACCAAGGCUAAACUGGACGAGUGCCUGAAAGAAGAGUUCCUUAUUGUUCGUGCACAAAAUAAGGCCAAAGCUACAGCUAAACGUGCAAAGCUGGAAAAGGUCUGGAAGGAAAUGGAGGAGCCGCCAGCAACAGCACCGAAAUCAUCAUAAAAAGGCAAAUCAAUAAAGAAGAAACCCUUGUUCCAUACAGAAAGCAGCGUCAAGUAGGGAGUUUGGCAAUUUGACGGCUUUUUUAUUUUUUUUGGCGUGCCAAGGCGAUUGGCGUUGUUUUUGUGAAACACUGCGUCGAUCCCUCUCGUGAUGGUCGGAUGUCAUCGUCACUUUUGGGGUCGAGAUCUUCGUCUCUCGCUUCAUUUAGAAAUUUGAUA